UUCUGCUCUCCAGCUUCGCCAGUUAAUUUUAAUGAAUCUCGUAGAUAUUCGAAAUCAAGUUGGUUGUUUUGCUUCGCUUAGUUGUUUGUCGGCGGUUUUCAAGUGCGCACACGAGACGCUCCGAGCUGAAGUUCUGUCCAGAGAGGUCUCCUCAGAAAAAAGCCCCAUUACCCGGCCAGUUAAUUCGGUUCUUAGCGGCAAGAUGCUGUCAACAAGAUCUUUCACCGCCCACAUCGUGCUAUUACUCUUCGGCCUGCUGCUCACUCAUCACACUGCCCAAGGUCAGGCGAAUAAAGUGUCCUCCAAGUUGGAUUUCGAUGAGAGCGACGGCAGCAACAAUCAGACAGGACUGCCGAACCAGCAGGGGCAGGUGGGCGGCGGUGUGGGGAACGGAGGGGGCUACGACCAGAACACGGGCCGCAACCUGGGCGGAACAGGUAGCUCUGGAGGCGGCGGAGGGAGUGGCUCUGGCAGCGGAGGCAACCGCCCCAAGAUCCACGGCGUACGAGUCACAGUCGAUACUGGCGAUGGUCAGCAGCAAACGAAAGAGUCCAAGGAGAGUGUGGAAAUUACGGAUUUGGGAAAGCACAAGAAGCGUGUGGGCAUCCACACGGACAUCACGUUCGAAAUAACCUCCGAGGCGGAUGGAAAUGAGACGAGCUCAGCUCAGCAGCACGGGGACAAGGAAGACGCCAGUGUCCCCAUCUACAAGGGCCGCGGUGGCAGUGACUCCAAGCACAAGUCCCGGAAGCCCUAUGACCCCAAGUCCCAGUGGAACCCCAACUUCUCCGGUGAACAGCGAGGCUACCAGGGCUCCCAUCGCAAUGGUGGCUACUACCCGCAGUAUUAUCCUGAGAACGUAUACACGGGCGGAAGCUCGGAUACAGGAGGUAUUUACCGAAAUGGUGAGACCUGGACUCACUACGUCCCUGUGUGGACCACGGAGCGGUCGCCCCAGGAACAGAGUCAGAUCUAUCGCCGGCCCAGCUGGAAGCCCUGCUACUGCAUGUCCUCGUUGGACUUUAGGCGGCGCCGGGAGAGCAAGAACCACAGGGAGGUGGGGAUUCAGUCGAAAGGGGUGGUUACUGGAGGUGUCAUCCAGGUGGACGGUAAGCUGGAGAGGCCCUUCUCCUGA